UCCCCUCUGUUUCUCCUUCUCUAUAUAUAUACACUGGUACACGCAUACUUUACCGGUCUAGUUGUUGUACCGGUAGGAUCGGUGAGAUUAGUCCAGUCUCAACUGUUGCACAGCUGCGACUAGUAGCGCUGCUAUCGUCUAAUUUGAAUUAAAAGAAAAAGAAAAGGAGUGAAAAAUAAAGUUGUGAUCGAACCGCGCAAUUUGGAUUUGGUUUUCAUCCUUUGCUGAUUAUCAAGUUCAAUCCAUUGCGCAUCCAUCCAAACGGAUUCAAAAGGCAAGCGUUCGUUGCUCUUGAUCAUCACGAUGAACGGGCCUAGCAGUGAGACGUGGAACAUGUCGAGCGACGGCCGAGUUCGUCUUCACCGCGUCCAGGAAGACAUCAGGAAUUCCUUGGACAAUUUCCUGACAUUGCCGGACGAUCAGCCAGGAUCCCAUCGGGAACGCUCUCCGACGCGCCAUCAGAAUAGCUCCAAUCGCAAACACAGAUCUCUGUCAACUCCCAAGACAACUGGAUGUUCGAGCAGCAGUCGCAAUCCUUCAUCGGCCAAGCCUAAGAAGGCCAGGCGCUAUUUAGGCACAGCCAGUACGUCGCUAACAUCCAUCCCGAACGCCAUCAAGCUGUCGAUGCUCAACAGCGGUCUCCUCUCAGUCGCCGAAGAAGGAAACGCUAUGGCAGCCAUCGCCGACAAACCCGUUGACGUGGCUAAUUUCGUCAAGCAUUGCGACCAGAGGAGGAAGUACCCUGUCCUUCUACGUGUCGAAUUUCAAACGGCGUGCAAAGUGGAGGGUCAUUCGACUCGGCAUGGAUCCAAGCCGGAAAACAGACCAAAAAAUCAAAACCAAAAAAUCAUUCCCUAUGACUACAACCGCGUUGUGCUCGACCUACAACCUGGAAUUCCAGACUCGGAUUACGUGAACGGUAGCUAUGUCGACAGUAUACUCAAACCAAAUGCCUACGUGGUGACUCAGGGACCUAACGAGAGGACUGUUUCUGAUUUUUGGCGUCUCGUCUGGCAGUCAAACGCCAGCUGUAUCGUCAUGCUCACCAAGACUUUCGAUUUUAUCAAAGUCAUGUGCGUGCAAUAUUGGCCGGCUUCCAAAGGCAAAGAAGAAGUCUACGACGGCAUCACUGUCAGUUACAGUCACGAAGAGCAACUGGCGAAUUUCGUCAUUCGCAAUUUCAAAAUCACCAAAGAUGGACCUAAAGGGAAGCAAGAGAGAACUUUGCUCCAGUUUCACUACACCGAAUGGCAUUCACACACUUGCCCGUAUUCGAACAACAUCGUGGAAUUCCGACGACGGGUGCGGGCCGCAUUGCUCAGCACUUCCAUCACUCAUAGCACCGGACCCAUGGUCGUUCAUUGCAAUGAUGGAGGGGCUAGAUCCGGAGUGUUUAUGGCUAUCGACGCCAAUAUGGAACUAGUGGAAGAAGACGGCCUUGUUGACGUUUUCGGUUACAUGAAGAAACUACGCCAGGCUAGACGCGGUCUUGUGGAAACUCUGGAGCAAUUCAAGUUCAUCUACGAUACGUUGGAAGAGAGCAUCACGUGCGGAUGGUCCUGGUUCCCCGUCUCCGAGCUGACAACGCGUUUGAAACAGAAAUCUAUCCGAUAUCCAGUCACGAAAAUGAACGAAUAUCAGAGAGAAUAUGCUCAAAUUUGCAAACUAACUCCGCGCUUCACCAUUGGCGAUUGUGCUGGAGGACACAGAUCGGACAAUCGCCACAAAAAUCGUGAUGUCCUCAUCAUACCACCCGAUAAUUUUCGACCGUAUUUGACUUCGUUCCAAGGCAACAGCUUCACUGACUACAUUAACGCCGUCUUCAUUGAUGGCUAUACUCGUCCUCGUGAAUACAUCGUCACAGAAUGGCCUUUACCGCACACACUCGGUGACCUUUGGUCGCUCGUUUACGAUUACGAUUGCAGUGCUGUUGUCGUCUUAACAAGUCCGCCUCCGAGUUCGAGUUUCCCGGCAUUUUGGCCGGACGGUCGUCGUUCCGUUAAGUACGGCCCCGUUUUCACCGUUGAUCACGUCUCCCACAAUCAUUAUCCAAACAUCAAAAGCUGGAUCUUUCGCAUCAAUAAGAAGGAUAUUGCUCCUCAUCGAAGAACACUAGCUGAAAUUGUUGACGAGACCAGAAAAGCAAAUCAUAGACAUGAAGGAAAGAUUGUUUCGCUGACAGAGUUAAUGGCCGGCGUCAAAGCCAUGCCAAAAACCUGUCAAUUGUUCCAGCUCAUGUGCUGGCCAGAGGGGCAUAAAGUUCCCACGUCCACCAACGCGCUAGUCGAAUUAAUGAAUAUGGUGGAACGGUGGAGGCAGAGAACAGAUUACGGACCUGUCGUCGUCAUUUCUUCAGACGGAACCUCUCGCGUCGGAGUUUAUUUUGCUGCCAACGCUUGCAUAGAACAAGUCAUCCAACACGGGGAAGUGGACGUGUUCCAGGCGGUCAAGAACGUUAGAAGACACCGGCCUCAGUUGGUUGAGAACCUGACCGAGUUUAAAUACUGCUAUGACCUGGUUCUCCACUACGUUCUCCAUUAUCUGCAUCGAGAUGGAUCCAAGAAAUGAAAAGCUUUUCUUGCCGUUGGUUUUUGUGUGUGCUGUAACAGCACGUUUGAGUGCGUCUCCAUUUAACGUUAUAUAAGCUGUGCCAUAUACUAGUAUAGAUAAGCCACUCAAGUCUUCCUUGUGUAAAUUUAACGAGUUAUUGACAACUUUUUAUUUCUUAAAAAAAGGAGAAGAAAAAGAGAGAGAAAAAAAAGAAAUAAACUGAAUUAUAGGUUGCCAUAGGUUACCAAUGAUCCUGGGCAACUGCGAAAUUGACAAGUUCGUAAAAAAGCAUGGUAGGACAUUUUUUCUUCGAAACAUAUCUUUCAUUUUCCCUCUUUUGAUCUUGUGAGUGUUCGCUGGAGAUUGCGAUCAAUAAGUACAGUAGAUCAAUCUAAAUGCAACUAAAUAUGUAUAUUGGAACCCGCAAAAUUCAAAAGAUGGCUUGAACUGUUGGCAAUCUUUUGUAUAAACGUUAGUCAAUCUUUGACGUGGAUGACGAGAUUGACAUUUGCUGCUUGUAUAAAAAUUGUGUAGACCUUACGACGGAUGACUGCAUGUUUUUCGUAUUAGAUAGAGUAUUUUAUUGUAAUGUCAGUGUAAAUCAAACUAAAUAUAUAAUACGUUUGUAGUUUCCGAG